GAGACAUUUCGUUUAUACAUGAUUUUCUUGUUGUUUGGAGCUUCUUUUACUAUCUUUCUCUCUUUUGCUGCCGAGUCAAUUACGCGUGUAUCGAUACCCCCCUCCGAAAAUCCCAUAAUUUGGUGCAGUCAUCCACCAUGAUGUCCAACUGGAUCAAAACCCUCGGGGCUCUGCUCCUCCUAGUCUCUCUUGUACACGCUCAGUUCCAGUUCUUUGAGCAAAUGUUCAGCGGUUCUGGUGGGCAGGAGCGUAAACAAGCUUCUCAGAAUGUUCCUAGCGACAGUUCGCGAUAUAACAGCAUGUGGGAUGGAGCACGGUGCGAUAAAUAUCUCUGCCCCGGUACUCUUGCUUGCGUUCAUUUCCCUCACCACUGCCCGUGUCCCCAUCCCGACGUCGAGGAGAAGUUUGAACUGGGUGAAGGAAGUGCCGUCUGUGUCUCAAGGGGAGGAUACAAAGCUGGAGAAGCUGCGCGCAAGGUCGAAUUGGCUCGCAAAGGGCUUAUAUGAUUAUGUAAAUGAUAAAAGUACAUCGUUAUGGUCUGGAUACUGUUGUGGAGUUGCGUUUGUAUACUGCUGGAAUUCCUGUGUGCUUGCAUGAAUUGAAUAAAACUGUUAGCGACAAUCUAAUGGACCUUGAGUCCUGACAUUCUGGUGGUAAAUCAGAUCAAUCCAAUAUCAGAAUGCUUUGACUUCAU